UUAUCGAAAAUCGGAGCAUAAUAACGUAUAUUUUUAACUUAAAGGCACGGGAAUGUAAUUCAACUUCUUUGAGGAAGUGUAAUUUACUCAAUUAUGUUUUAUACCGAAAACAUUCCAAGCAGCUCAAUGAGUUCCAAUGCACCGCGUAUCACGAAAACUGCACCAAUUUUUGGAACCAAACCUUCAAAAAACCUCAUUUCAUUACACAGACCAACUUCACCAUUGCAAAACAAUCGACAGGAUUAAACAAACCCACGCCCAAAUCAUCAUCGGAGGCCACAAACAAGACCCAUUUAUCGCUGCUAAACUAAUUGACAAAUAUUCACAGCUCGGUGGAACCAACGUCGAACAUGCACGCAAGGUGUUCGACGAUUUGUCCGAAAGAGAUGUUUUCUGUUGGAACAAUGUCAUCAAGGGUUAUGCUAACAUGGGUCCUUUUGCUGAAGCUUUACAUGUUUAUAAUGCGAUGCGUUUGAGUGGUGCUGCUCCAAAUCGGUACACUUACCCUUUUGUGCUUAAGGCUUGUGGUGCUGAGAGGGAUUGUUUAAAGGGUAGAAUUAUUCAUGGAAACGUUGUGAAGUGUGGAUUGGAGUUUGAUUUGUUUGUUGGUAAUGCUUUUGUUGCGUUUUACGCAAAGUGUAAGGAGAUUGAAGCGUCGAGAAAAGUGUUUGAUGAAAUGCUUGAGAGAGAUAUUGUUAGUUGGAAUUCUAUGAUGUCGGGAUAUAUUGCGAAUGGAUAUGUGGAUGAGGCUGUGAUGUUGUUUUGUGAUAUGUUGAGGGAUGAUGGUAUAGGUUUUCCUGAUAAUGCCACGCUUGUGACUGUUCUUCCUGCGUUUGCUGAGAAAGCGGAUAUUCAUGCGGGAUAUUGGAUUCAUUGUUAUAUUGUUAAGACAGGGAUGAAACUUGAUCCUGCUGUUGGUUGUGGUCUUAUAACUUUGUACUCGAAUUGUGGCUAUAUAAGAAUGGCAAAAGCCGUUUUUGAUCAGAUACCGGAUAGAAAUGUCAUUGUGUGGAGUGCAAUUAUUAGGUGCUAUGGGAUGCAUGGUUUUGCUCAGGAGGCGCUCAGUAUGUUCCGGCAAUUAGUCGAGUUGGGCUUGCAUCUAGAUGGCAUUGUGUUUUUGUCUCUGUUGUCGGCUUGCAGUCAUGCUGGUAUGCAUGAAGAGGGCUGGCACCUUUUUCAGACCAUGGAAACUUAUGGUGUUGUGAAAGGUGAGGCUCAUUACGCUUGUAUGGUGGAUCUUUUGGGAAGAGCUGGUAAUCUGGAAAAAGCAAUGGAGUUAAUUCAAUCUAUGCCAAUCCAACCAGGGAAAAAUGUUUAUGGUGCCUUGUUGGGUGCAAGCAGAAUACACAAAAAUAUUGAACUUGCUGAAUUGGCUGCAGAGAAGUUGUUUGUUUUGGACCCUAACAAUGCUGGGCGUUACGUGAUUCUAGCACAGAUGUACGAAGAUGAAGGUCGGUGGAAGGAUGCAGCCAGAUUGAGGAAAAUAAUCAGGGAGAAAGAAAUCAAGAAGCCAAUUGGUUAUAGCUCUGUUGAGCUGGAAUCAGGUCAUAAAAAAUUUGGGGUAAAUGAUGAAACUCAUCCAUUAACGACUGAGAUUUUUGAGACCUUGGUAAGCUUAGGUAGGACAAUGGGUAAAGAAGCUCACACUCAAUGUGAUGCUAUUAUGUAGUAACUAUAAAAUGGUGGAUAAAAGGAUACACCAUCUAAUUAUGUUGAAUAACUGAUUCGAGAUAUUUAGAACUGAUAGUCAUGUCUUCGUCCUAGGAGAUGAUCAUGAAUCUACACAAGCUGUACUAUGAUAGGAGUUAAUUGAUAUUGUUAAGUAUAGUUAAGGAGUCUCUUGGGACAUAUUCUAAUGGUUAAACUUCAGUAAGGUAGUUUCAUUAUGCAAAAAAUUACAAUUAUGAAUGAUAGAUUCAAGACAAGAUAGAAACCUGGUUAGAAUUUACAUAUUUUGAAUUCUGCUCAGAGGGAUAUAUAGAAAAGGUUCAGUUCAUUUGAAGCUUGUAAUUUGGUCAAGAUCACCAAACUGUUGAUGUAAAUUAAAUUUGAUGUUCUUUUCGAUGAUCCUGCCAACGUGUGAUCAAAUACCAGAAACAAAGUGGCGAUCAAUGUUUUCUUUCA